GGACGGUCCCCGCUCCCGCUGCCCGUCCCGCCGUCCCCGCCGAGGAGCCCCCCGCUCCAGGGUCGCUGCCGCCGGGCCAGAGGCCCCGUCCCCGCCGCCGUUUCCCGUGGGCCCCCGCAGCCGCCCGCCAGAGGAUGAGGCCUCCACGCCUCCUCGCUGUCCUGCUGUGGCACCUGACCUGGCUGGACGCCCACCUCCUGUCCGACGGCCUGAGCGGCCCCAAGCCGGGACUGACCAAAGCGGACGCCAAGGAGAGGAGCCCGCCGGCCGCCGGGGCCGGCUUCAGGCCCGGGGGCCACGGGCCGGGCGGCGGAGGGGCGGCCGGGGCCCAGGCCGGGGCCGCCCGGCCGCCCAAGAAGGCGCCCCCGAGGCCGGGAGGUGCGGCUCCCAAGCCGGGGCCCCCCAAGCCCCCGGCCCGGGCCGGAAAGGCGACCCCCAAGGGGGCCUCCUCGCCCGGCCCCUUCCCGCCGAAAACGACGGCCAAGGGGCCCGGGGCCCCGAGGGAGCCCAAGGAGCCCUUCCGCCCGCCCCCCGUGACCCCUCACGAGUACAUGCUGUCCCUCUACCGGACCCUGUCCGACGCCGGACGCAAGGGGGUCAACGGCAGCGUGAAGCUGGAGGCCGGGCUGGCCAACACCAUCACCAGCUUCAUAGACAAAGGGCAAGAUGACCGGACGGCGCCGGCGGUGCGGAAGCAGCGCUACGUGUUCGACCUGGGCGCCCUGGAGAGGGACGGGCUGCUGGGCGCGGAGCUGCGCGUCCUGCGGAAGAAGGCGUCGGGCCCCCGCCAGCCCGCGGCGGGCGGGCGGGCGGCCCAGCUGAGGCUGUCCAGCUGCCCCGGCGGCCGUCCGGCGGGCCCCGUCCUGCUGGAGAGCCGGGCGGUGGGGCCGGCGGAGGGCCCCCGCUGGGAGGUGUUCGACGUCUGGAAGCUGGCCCGCAGCUUCAAGACCUCGGCCCAGCUGUGCCUGGAGCUGGAGGCGGCGGAGCGGGGCCGGCCGCUGGACCUCCGGGCCCUGGGCUUCGGCCGCGCCGGCCGGCCCGUCCCCGAGCGGGCCCUCUUCCUGGUGUUCGGCCGCACGGAGCGGCGGGACCUCUUCUUCGACGAGAUCAAGGCGCGGUCCGGCCAGGAUGACCAGACCGUCUACGAGUACCUGUUCAGCCAGCGGCGGAAACGCCGGGCCCCGCUGGCCGCCCGCCAGGGCAAGCGGCCCGGCAAGGGCGCCAAGGCCCGCUGCGCCCGCAAGGCCCUGCACGUCAACUUCAAGGACAUGGGCUGGGACGAUUGGAUCAUCGCCCCGCUGGAGUACGAGGCCCACCACUGCGACGGGCUCUGCGAGUUCCCCCUGCGCUCCCACCUGGAGCCCACCAACCACGCCGUCAUCCAGACGCUCAUGAACUCCAUGGACCCCGACGCCACGCCGCCCACCUGCUGCGUGCCCACCCGCCUCAGCCCCAUCAGCAUCCUCUUCAUCGACUCGGCCAACAACGUGGUCUACAAGCAGUACGAGGACAUGGUGGUGGAGGCCUGCGGCUGCAGGUAGGGGCCGGGCC